AACUUUGACGCUUGCACUAAUAAAUAAAUGCUCUGUACACGUGAUAGUUUUUUUAGCAUAAAUACUCUGGAUUUUUUUGGAUCAUCAUAAUCAGAUUUGAGCUGGUCAGGGAGAUAGAAGACAUUGCUACACAGAUAGAAAUCACUAGUUACAUAUAAAUAUCAAAAUGCCGCAGUCCGAGGAGGAAACAAAAAAGGAACAAAAUGUAAAAGCGCAGAUGUCUGAAGAGGAAAUGAAAAAGGAGUCUUGUGUGCUUUUGCUGUUUGUUAGAGGACGUCCUUUCCCAGGAAGUCGAUGGUUCUACAAAGAAAUCAUCGAAGAAGCUUUAAAUUUCAAACCUCGAGACACGGAUAUUUUAAUCAGUACAUUCCCUAAGUGUGGUACUAACUGGAUGAAAUACAUUGUGCACACUAUCAUCACUAGAGGGCAGAAACCUUUAGAAUCGUCUCAUCAACUAACUUAUGAAGCGGUGCCUUUUGUAGACAUCAGUGGAAUUGCAGCCGUUGAAGCCUUACCAGACCCCAGACCUAUUCAUUAUCAUUUGCCAUACGAUUUGAUUCCAAAAAAUCCGAAAGCAAAAUACAUUUACAUAUUCCGAAAUCCAAAAGAUACGGUCGUGUCAUUUUAUCAUUUUACAAUGCAAACAGAUGAGCUUAAUGUAUCUUUCGACGAGUACUUUGACACCUUCAUGAAAGGACUUGUAGCUUAUGGUGAUUAUUUUGAUCACGUGUUGUCUUGGUAUGAGCACAGAAAUGAUCCCAACGUUUUAUUCUUAUCUUAUGAGCAGCUUCAUGCUAAUACCAAAGAACAAGUAUUAAGAAUUGCUAAAUUUCUUGGUGAGCAUUAUUAUGAGGAGCUUGUAAAAGAUAAAGAAUUAGCUGAGCUUGUCCUUAAAUUAAUCAGCUUUGAAAGUAUGAAGAAAACUUUGAUGAAAGAAGCACCCGGCAAACAUGAAUAUGAACUUAAAUCGGAGGCUAUUGAUUCACCAUUUCAAACACCAGGGCCUCGAUACGAAGUUAAAUAUCUGAGAUACUUCAGAAAAGGAAUUGUUGGUGACUGGAAAAAUCACUUGUCUCCAGAGCAAAACCGUAGAAUGGAUCAACGCAUUCAAGAAAAAUUUGGAGGCACGGAGAUAAUAGAAAUGUUCAAUGCAAAAAAGACAUGGCUUUAAACAUAUGUUAAUGACAAACUUUUAUAUCUGUAACAGAUAGAAGAUAUAUUUUAUCAGAAAACUGACAUUCCCGUGGAAGAUUAUGCAAAAUUAUGAGAUGAUGAUAUUGUUUUAUUUUGGAGAACUUACUUAUGAAACUUUUUCUUUUUUAUUUCUCUUUCUGCAUCAGAAAUGAUGAAUUCAAUUCAAAAAAGCAUCUCAACAUUUAACAUGAUAAUCAAAUAUUAAAGAAAAUAUUUUUUAUUUUUUUAAACUUUUCCAUUAUCAAAUACAAGUGGGAACUUUGCAUUUAGCUCUCAGGUCCCUACUGUUGUUGUGAUAUUACAUUAAUUUAUGUCUUAUGUGAAACAUGUGAUUUUUGUUACAAAUGUUGCAUACCAUUGUUUAUGUUAAGAUCAAAUAAAUAAUAGGUAUUGUUA